AUGCCUGGAUUCGCAGAUUCCUUCUGGUCGGCAGACUAUGCCGCAGGCCUCGGUGUUUUGUUUGGCAAGCUCCAGCAAGGUGUUCAAGAGAACCGGCAAAUCCUGACCCUCGCCCGCAUGCGUGCUGAAGCCGAAGAGGUUUAUGGUCAGCGCCUUGGAGAUAUUGCGCCCACUGCAAACAAGAUUGCCAAUGGUUUCUCUCGCGAUGACGGAGCCAGUGUCCGCAAGGCUUACGACGGCGUACGAAGCGAAAUGGAAGAUGCAGCUCGAAACCACAAGAAAAUCGCCCAAGGCAUCCGCGACCUAGUGGUGAAUCCAUUCUCGCGCUGGUGCGAUGCUCACGAGGCACGAGUCCAGGACUCGCAGGAUGAGCUACAGACAAGAAUCAAAGCCCAUGACAAGCAGGCCGAAAUUGUCAAGAAGCUCCGGAGUAACUACUUCAACAAGUGUCGCCUCCUCGAGGACAUCGAGGAAGAGAACAAGCUGGCCUUUCAGGAUCCUGAAACGAGCCCACAACAACCAACAACGGCCGCUAUUCCCGAGAUCAAGGUUUCAGCAAACAAGGAAGAGGAGGAGGAAGAGGAAGUCUUUGAGAUCGGAGACGAGACAUACUCUGCCGAGCAAGUCAAGAAGAUCUUGUCUCAUAUGCUCAACACUAUCAAGAUUGGGGAGACCAAGGUCCCAAUUCUGGGAACCUACAUCAACACGUCCUCAGGUGCCGACAUUGUGGAAUAUCUACAGAAGAACAUGGGCUCAAGCAGCGUCAGCUACGCUGAGCGCAUCGGGCAGGACCUGGUCAACCAUGGGUUCCUGCGUCUGGUCGGCAACGUCGGCAACAACUUUGCCAACAGCUCCAAGCUUUUCUAUCAAUGGCGACCCAAGGCCUACAAGGUCUCUGGUGUACCGGAGCGCAAAGCAACCAUUGCGCGGACCUUCUCAAUGCCCACGUCGCCUGGUAGCGAGACCGACUCACCUGUUGGCACCGUCGGCGAGUAUCUGGCAAACUGGAACCCUCUCAACAACCCUUACCCCAACGAGACUGCACCAGAACGUCUGCGACGUGAGGCUCGGGAAGCAGACGACAAGUACAAGGCCGCUGUCCGCAAGUUGGACGAGAUCCGUUGCGACCUGGAGGAGGCGAUCUUUAUGCACCUCAAGUUUCUCGAGAGGUGCGAGCUCGACAGACUCAAGGCCAUCAAGACGGUCAUCCUCGACUUCUCGGGCACGAUUGGCAAUGUCAUUCCAUCCCUCCAGUCUACCGUGGACCAGAUGAUCCUGUACCAGGAGACUGUCCAGCCCGCAGGCGAUCUCCGCUACCUGCUCGAGAACUAUCGCACUGGACGAUUUGCCCCGAAGGUGGUGACAUAUGAGAACUACUACAACCGCGUCGAUGAGCAGACUUUCGGUGUUGACCUUGAGGCGAGAGCGAGGGCAGACAAGAAGCGCGUGCCCAUCAUCAUCACAUCUCUCUUGACAUACCUCGAUCAUCACUACCCAGAUCUUGAGGGCGACGAGGCUCGACGUGGUGUGUGGCUGGCGGAUGUACCUCUCGCCCAAGUGCACAGACUUCGCAGCAGGGUCAACAACGGCAGAGCAUUUACUAUGGAGGUCUUCAACGACUUUGACGUUCCCACUGUGGCCAAUCUCCUGAAACUAUACCUCCUAGAACUGCCUGAUUCGCUUGUAUCUUCUCAUGUGUACGAGAUUGUUCGCACAAUCUACACCACUCAAGGCGACUCGACGGACGAAGCGCGUGUCAGCGUCCUGCAGCAGACUCUUUCCCAGUUGCGCUUGACUAACAUCGCCACCCUCGACGCUUGCAUGAAUCACUUUACUAGGCUGAUUGAGCUUACCUCUGCCGAUGAACAAUACGUUCAAGAAAUUGCGACAUCUCUUGCGCCUUGCAUUCUGCGGCCCCGCGUCGACACGUCUUUGACAAUGGAGGAGAAGCACGCCUACAGGCUUGUCAGAGACUUGUUUGCUCACAAGGAAGCCAUUUUCAGCGAACUGAAGCGUAUGUCCAGCUUAUCGCACUCGAGCUCCAUUGGCGGCAGCGGCAAUCGUCCUCGAGCCAUUAGUACCGAUGAGAGCAACAGAAGAGCCCACAUGGAAGAGCGCCAGAGAGCUCUAUUGGAGAAAGCAGGCACAACCACCAGCACACGGGGCCGAGACCGGAGCCCCGCCCCAAGCCCUCGUCACCGUCGUGAGAGGAGCACAGGUGGCCCUGAGACACGAUUUCCUGUUGCCGUGCAAAUGAGUCCGACCUCGAAUAGCGACAGGCAUCGCAGCAGCCUCGGCGCGACAUUGCACCGUAACUCUCUCGAGGUUCCCGACGGGUCAGGUCCUAGCGCGCUCGAUUACUCCAACGGUGACCCCAACGGCCUCUCGAAACGUGACAGUCUCGGCCCUGGAGGUCGUCUUCCUGGUCGCAAGGUGACGCCAGCAGCUCCCAGCACGCCACCCUCCGGCGACGACCGUGGCGUGACUCUGAGUGACAGGCCCAUGGACGACUAG